AUGAAACCCUACUCCCAGAGUGGCAGCCAAUCAGCAGGUUGCACUGGUUCUGCCCUGUGGUAUUCACGUGCAUCUGCAGGCUCUACCCUUUUAAAGUGGUUUUAGGGGUGUUCCCUGGAGGAGUUUCAGGCAUACAUUGAGCUGAAGUGAUGUCCAUGGCUUCUUCGCUAGAGAGACAGAAAGGGAAAGGCAAGGCGACCUCAGAAGAUGGCUCAACGUCGUCAGCUCCUAGCAGGAAGCGAGUGCGGUUCGCAGGGGGAGGUGCAGAACUUUCAGUAGAGGAUUCAUUUGCUCCAGGGUCAGGCCUUUCUUUCACCUCCGGCCGAGUUUGUUCAUUGGGAAACAGAGGUCGUUCGCUAACCAGCGCAUCGUCUAGCUCAGGAAGAUUGGCAACUACAGCUUUUUCUAACCGUUUAAAUAGUACGGGGGAAGCGGUUGAUGAGCCUGACGGAGUGGGAAAAGGGUUGUUGGAAGGCAGUCAUUCAGAUAAGCAGAUGUCGUCAGCUGACAUUUCAGGACGGAUCGUGAUGUGUGACCAAGACAUUUCGCCUGCCGUGCCGACGGAUGCAUCUACGUCAGGCCUUGGAAGCCGCCAGACUGCUGUACCAGCGUCUUCUCACGAGCAAGUCUCGCCUUCACAAUCUUUGGAAGGCUCGGACCCUCCUUCAUCCAUAUCCUUCGAAGCAAACGCUCCUGUGAAUCAGGUCUCGUCUCAUUUAAGCCAUGGCCUUGCGCUGCAGCUGCGGGACGAUCCGACGGACCACAGAUGGAGCCAAGACAAUGCAACUUGCGUCAGCACCGCCAACGACGAAGUUAUCAGUCCUCACAAUGAAGAUGGCAGAGGAGGCGAUGGGAAGCCGCAUGAGGUGCGGAGUGUAUCAAUGAAUGAUAGCUUGAUGCAGCAGAUGGAAGAUCUGAUUUCUAUGGUGCCGAGGCUGCAACUGGAACGGAGUCGGAGCGAGAUGGAGAUCAUUAUGAAGCGGAAACACGUAUUGGGCUCGUUUCUGGGAACGCCUAAGUCGGGCAAGUCGCCUCAGAUUGUCCUUCCCAGGACCCGAAGUUUUUAAAAUAAAAUAUCGCAUCAGCUCAGCAUCCACUAGCUUACCUACAAUAGGUGGGACGUAGGAUCCAGACGUACUAGCUCUCUUGCCCUCUAAAGGUUUUUAGACCUCUACUAAUUAGCAAAGGUUGUGUUUAGUUCAUGGGAUUGCAGCUGCUAGGGAAAGCGUACUGUACAUUAGUUAAUAAAUCUUUUAAUUGAUU